UGUACAUUGUACGUACAUGUACAGUACAUGGUGUGCGCCUUGAAGCUUGGAGGCAAAUUGGUAAAAAUGUGGCUGAUGGGACUAGUGUCAAAAUUAACAUAGGCCUAUGUCAUGUCAAACAAUGAAAAACCUCUAUGGUGAGGCCUUGUCUGGGUAGAUCAAAAUGGAAAACGUUAAACAUUUUGAGGAUUGCCCCAGACACAACUUGGGGAUGGACAUCUUCUUGUCACGACACAACGGCUUCAGUGGGAGGAUCAAAAUGAGACCAGAAGACUUUAGUGUCACGGAAAUCGACUUAUCCGGGAAGCCAGUUCAGCUGGACGGGAGGGAGGAUUUUCAAAGCCUUCCUUGUCAAAUUAGCGAAGAAGAUAUUGAUUUUUACACGGAUGGAGCCAAAAGUAGUGAUGACUCUUUGAGUAGAAGUUCGGACGGAUUGUCAUCCAGGGCAUGGGACUCGAUGUCCUUGGACGAUCUUACAGACCUAGAAGACCUGGCUCCAAUCCUGGAGGAUGUCGUUGGAAAAGAGGUGAUGGAACAUCUGAGAACUUUCUCCAAGCUAGAGCUCAACGGAGCCUCUUUAAAUACAUGUGUGAAGCCCAGUGGUAUCUCGUCAGGCUCCUUGAAUUUCCAGACACCACGUGCCAGUGAUGGCGUUUCAGCGCCAGGAAAAAGUUUCUUUGUUGGCAUUUUUUCAGAGAAACAGGAGAGGACGUUUGUUCACAAGGCGAUUCAGUGCCUUUAUCCACACCUAGUGACGUCCACCGCCAAACUCCGGGACAGUGCUUCAUCGUCAGUGCACGUCAGUACCAACCCUGCCUACUGGGACUUUCAGAACCUGCUCGCAGACCACCAAGUUGGGAAGCUGUUUCGAUUUGCCAGGUCAAAAUUCUCAGCCCGGACAAUCUCCAUUGAUGCCGACUGCAUGAAUUCCAAAGAGCAGAGGACGGCAAUCCACAGGCUGAUUUCAAAACAUUUUGGGAAGUUCCUGGAAACAAAGACUUGUCCGACGGCAUCUGGUCAGCAGGCGGUAGUGGUGCGAUUUAGGGAGAAGUUCGCUCGGAAGAAUAACACAGGAGUGAAAAGGAAAGCUGAAGUGUUUGAUGCAGAGGCCUCAGGAGCUGUUUUCACUGGCUUCACACUGGAGAAACGAAACCUAGAAACCUUGGAUGCCCUCCAGCGACUUGCACGAGUCUUGAGGGUCAAGCCGUCCGACUUCAGCUAUGCCGGGGUGAAGGAUAAAAAAGCUAUCACUCUUCAGUCGGUUGCAGUCAAAGGUGUAUCUCCAGACAGAGUGAAACAGCUAAUCAGUGGAGCAAAUCUUCCAGGCAUUGCUGUUGGCAACGUCCGUCCCGUCCUCACAGCCAUUCAUGUUGGAGACCUAACCGGCAAUCUAUUUGACAUCCUCGUACGUGAUGUUCAUCUCGGUGGUGAUGGAGAAACCCCUGGGGAGGAGGCACUGGAGAGAGACCUCUUGUGGCAGAAACUGGACAGUUGCUUCACAUGUGUCAAGGAGAGAGGCUUCGUGAAUUAUUUUGGAGAGCAGCGUUUUGGUCAGUCACUUGAUGGUGAGAGCCAAUCGGCAGCUAUCGGUCAGUUCAUCCUGGCCGGCAAUUAUCAAGAUGCUGUCUCUCAAAUACUUAUGGCUGAGGGCGACAAGGAUGACCUAGUUAACAGGGCCAAGCGGCACUUCCUCCGGACCCGGAAUGCCAAGGAGGCCCUCCGCCUCUUGCCCAGGUGUGCCUCCCGCGAGGGCCUCAUCCUGCGGGCGCUGCACAGGCAUGGCACGGAGAGGGACGGGUGCACCAGGGCACUGCACUGCAUCCCCCACGCCAUGCGGCAGCUCUACGUGCACGCCUUUGGCGGCCUGGUCUGGAACCGCAUGGCCAGCGAGCGGCUGCGACUGUAUGGGUACCGGGCGGUGGUUGGGGACCUGGUGUUGAUGGGAGAUGAGAAACGAGGAGCCAGGGACAAGAUUCGAGAAGUUUCUGAGGAUGAUGUGAAACUGGGCACCUUCUCCAUCAGGGAUGUGGUCCUUCCGUUGCCUGGUAACAACAUCCGCUAUCCCAGCAACAGGAUGGGCGAGGCAUACACCAAGUGUCUAUCCGAGAUGGGCCUCGGUUCCUGCACAUACCGCUUGCAUGAUCUUCAGCUGAAUAUACCGGGGGAUUACCGCCGCCUGAUUGAGUGGCCCGAGGACCUCGUCUGGGAUUUAGAGAAGCCAAGUGCCGAUGACGGAGUCCAAACAAUCACAGGAUACCAGCAGGAAACAUAUCACAAAUCAGACCCUCCAGAAGACAGACAGCAUUUUGCUGAUGAGAGGGCUAGACCAGUGGCGCCCAAAGGGAAUCUGAGCUAUUCUGAUGAUUUGCUGCAGACUGACAGAAGAAAGCCCGCUGAUUCAGAUAAAGCACAAAAUGAGAGCAAAUCACCGAAGGGAUCUGAAAUGAGCAGCUCAGAGUUUGAAGACAGACAAUGUAUAAGUAAUUGCAAAACAACUGGCCCAGGGGCAAAUUUGAGGGUAACAUUCAGGUUGCCGUCUUCAACAUAUGCAACUGUUUUUCUCAGGGAGCUGAUGAAAAACUGAAGAAUGGUGGAAGUUUGUU